GCAGGGUGGGAGUGGGUCAGCUCCAGGUCUGUACCCCUGAGGUCACCGGCAGACAAACAAGCAGGCCUCCUCCCCUGAAGGCACCGCCCGGCAGACAGCAGGAAGGGGUUAAACACGCCCGCCCGCCCGUCAUCCUGUGUCCUGUUACUGCUGAGGCAGACCUGCCUGGCCAGCUGAACAACUUUCCUCCCGAGACUGCUGGCCGGCAGGAGUCGGAGAGGCAGCCGCCAGAGGCUGAGCUCCAACCCGCUGAGGGACCCUGCUGUCCUUCAGAGGGCCCUGUGCCUCUCGGUCGAGGGUGGGGCUCCCGAGACCAGGGUCUAUGGUGGAUGGCUCUGGAGCUGCUCCUGAGGCUGUGCCGUACCCUGCAAGUCAGAGGGUCACUGCAGAGCCUGCUGGGGCUGGGGCGAGGGAGCCCACACUGGAGCCCCAUGUGGAACCCAAGGACGCAGCCGCCCUGCUGAAAGCACGGUGGCGGCCCACCCUUCGAGACAGUGACCUCAAGACGGUGGCCCUCAGCCCUCUACCUCCGGCGGGGGUGGGGGCUGCCCACCUCCAAGUCCCCAACCAUGACAACCUCUGCGCUCCGACGCCAGGUGAAGAACAUUGUUCACAACUACUCGGAGGCUGAGAUCAAGGUGCGCGAGGCCACCAGCAAUGACCCCUGGGGCCCACCCAGUUCCCUCAUGUCAGAGAUCGCUGACUUGACCUUCAACACAGUGGCCUUUGCUGAGGUUAUGGGCAUGCUGUGGCGGCGGCUCAAUGAUAGCGGGAAGAACUGGCGACAUGUGUACAAGGCUCUGACACUGUUGGACUACCUACUCAAGACGGGCUCGGAGCGUGUGGCCCACCAGUGCCGUGAGAACCUCUACACCAUCCAGACACUCAAGGACUUCCAGUAUAUUGACCGCGAUGGCAAGGACCAAGGCGUCAAUGUCCGUGAGAAGGUCAAACAGGUGAUGGCCCUGCUCAAGGACGAGGAGCGUCUGCGGCAAGAGCGAACCCACGCCCUCAAGACCAAAGAGAGAAUGGCCCUGGAAGGCAUGAGCAUUGGCAGUGGGCAGCUGGGCUUCAGCCGAAGAUCUCGGGGAUCCCCCUCCUCCUACACCUCUGCAUCCUCGUCCCCGCGCUAUGCCUCAGACCUGGAGCAGGCCCGGCCCCAGACAUCCGGAGAAGAAGAACUGCAGCUGCAGCUGGCCCUGGCCAUGAGCCGUGAGGAGGCUGAAAAGCCAGUCCCCCCAGCCUCCCACAGGGAUGAGGACCUUCAGCUGCAGCUGGCUCUGAGCCUGAGCCGGCAGGAGCAUGAGAAGGGGGCCAGGUCCUGGAAGGACGAUGACUCUCCAAUGACCAAUGGCGCAGAACCUGCUGGCCGACGUCGGCGGGACAGAGAGCCUGGGAGAGAAGAGAGAAAGGAGGAGGAGAAGCUGAAAACGAGCCAGUCCUCCAUCCUGGACCUGGCUGACAUCUUUGCACCUGCCCCAGCCCUGCCUUCCACACACUGCUCUGCUGACCCAUGGGACAUCCCAGGUCUCAGGCCGAACACUGAGCCAAGCGGCUCUUCCUGGGGACCUUCUGCAGACCCCUGGUCUCCAGUUCCCUCUGGAAAUGCCUUGUCCCGAAGCCAGCCUUGGGAUUUGCUUCCUACUCUUUCUUCCUCUGAGCCCUGGGGCAGGACCCCAGUGCUGCCUGCCGGACCCCCCAUCUCAGACCCCUGGGCACCAAGCUCCCCCAACCACAAACUCCCCAGCACUGGAACAGACCCUUGGGGGGGCUCUGUGGAGACCUCUGACACCUCUGCUCUAGGUGGUGCCUCAUCCUUCGAUCCAUUUGCCAAACCUCUAGAAUCCACAGAGCCCAAGGACAGCCAGGCCCUGGCCACGGGAAAGUCCAGCAGCCCUGUGGAGCUAGACCCAUUUGGAGACGCAAGCCCCAGCUGCAAGCAAAAUGGCAUGAAGGACUCUGAAGCCCUUGACCUGGGUGUGCUGGGGGAGGCGCUGCAGCCAGGAAAGGAGGCGCGCCCCUGCCGGACUCCGGAGUCCUUCCUGGGCCCCUCUGCCUCUUCUUUGGUCAACUUGGACUCACUAGUCAAGGCACCCCUGGCUGCAAGGACCCGGAACCCCUUCCUGACAGGUCUGGGUGCUCCGUCCCCCACUAACCCGUUUGGCUCGGGCGAGCAAGGCAGGCCGACCCUGAACCAGAUGCGCACCGGCUCGCCCGCGCUGGGCCUGCCGCCGGGGGGACCCGUCGGGGCGCCCUUGGGCUCCAUGACCUACAGCGCCUCCCUGCCCCUCCCGCUCAGUAGCGUGCCGGUCGGAGCGACCCUCCCCGCCUCGGUCAGCGUCUUCCCGCAAGCCGGAGCCUUCGCCCCGCCGCCCGCGAGCCUGCCUCAGCCGCUGCUGCCCACGUCCGGCCCGGCGGGGCCGCUGCCCCCGCAGGCUGGCACCAACCCCUUCCUCUGAGACGCUUCGGCGCCUGCGCGCGAGGCCCCGCCUCCUCGAGGGCGGUCGUGCAGGUUGAGCGUUGAUCCAGGCCUCCGUGGACCCCUGACCGAUGCUGAACGAGCUAGGGACUGACCACAUCUAGGGGACGAAGACUACACCCGCCUAAUAAAGACUGGAAUCUACGUCUUCAGCUCUUACCAAGUGGACUUUUUGAGGG